CCCCCAUUCACUUCACACUCUAGACUCUAGUUCGCCCCAUGAGUCUGGCAGGUCAAAGAAGGGAAGAGACAACCGAAGGAUCAACGGAUCAAGCGAGGUAGUCGACUCCGCGUCUAAUUAAACCUGUGGUCUGCGGACGGGCGGUCGUCGGUUAGAGCAUUGCUUCCGUGUGGUGCGGUUGAUAGCUCGGAUCUUCUGCUGGCCGAGUUCGUCUUGGAGGAGAAGAGAGAGAGAGAGAGAGAGAGAGAGCGCCGGGAUCGGAGCCAGGAAGCAUCCAGCAGCGAUGGCGGGCGGAGGGGUGGCGGCGCUGGGCGUGAAGACGGAGCGCGCGGCGCAGUACAAGGGGCGCAUGACGCUCGCCGUCGCCACGACCUGCCUCGUGGCCGCCGUCGGGGGCGCCAUCUUCGGCUACGACAUCGGCAUCUCCGGAGGCGUGACAUCCAUGGACCCAUUCCUGGAGAAAUUCUUCCCGGUAGUGUUCCACCGGAAGAACUCCGGCGGGAAGAACAACUACUGUAAGUACGACAACCAGGGACUAGCGGCGUUCACAUCGUCACUCUACCUCGCCGGCCUCGUUGCCUCCCUCGUCGCGUCCCCCGUGACGAGGAACUACGGCCGCAAAGCUAGCAUUGUCUGCGGCGGCGUGAGCUUCCUCAUCGGCGCGGCCCUCAACGUGGCCGCCGUGAAUCUGGCUAUGCUCAUCCUCGGGCGCAUCAUGCUCGGCGUCGGCAUCGGUUUUGGCAACCAGGCUGUGCCGCUGUACCUGUCGGAGAUGGCGCCGGCGCACCUCCGCGGCGGCCUGAACAUGAUGUUCCAGCUCGCGACGACGCUGGGCAUCUUCACGGCGAACCUGAUCAACUAUGGCACGCAGAACAUCAAGCCGUGGGGGUGGCGGCUGUCGCUGGGCCUCGCGGCGGUGCCGGCGCUGCUGAUGACGUUGGGCGGGCUCUUUCUUCCGGAGACUCCCAACAGCCUCAUUGAGCGCGGGCGCGUGGAGGAGGGUCGGCGCGUGCUGGAGCGCAUCCGGGGCACGGCCGACGUGGACGCCGAGUUCACGGACAUGGUGGAGGCGAGCGAGCUGGCCAACACCGUCGAGCACCCGUUCCGGAACAUCCUGCAGCCGCGCAACCGGCCGCAGCUGGUGAUGGCCGUGUGCAUGCCGGCGUUCCAGAUCCUGACGGGCAUCAACUCCAUCCUCUUCUACGCGCCGGUCCUGUUCCAGAGCAUGGGUUUCGGCGGGAACGCGUCCCUCUACUCCUCCGUGCUCACCGGCGCCGUGCUCUUCUCCUCGACGCUCAUCUCCAUCGGCAUCGUCGACCGCCUCGGCCGCCGGAAGCUCCUCAUCAGCGGCGGGAUCCAGAUGAUCGUCUGCCAGGUGAUCGUGGCGGUGAUCCUGGGCGUGAAGUUCGGGGCGGAGAAGCAACUGGCGCGGAGCUACUCGGUCGCGGUGGUGGUGGUGAUCUGCCUGUUCGUUCUGGCGUUCGGGUGGUCGUGGGGCCCGCUGGGAUGGACGGUGCCGAGCGAGAUCUUCCCGCUGGAGACGCGGUCGGCGGGGCAGAGCAUCACGGUGGCCGUGAACCUGCUCUUCACCUUCGCCAUCGCGCAGGCGUUCCUGUCGCUGCUGUGCGCCUUCAAGUUCGGCAUCUUCCUCUUUUUCGCGGGGUGGAUCACCGUCAUGACCGUGUUCGUCUACGUCUUCCUGCCGGAGACCAAGGGCGUGCCCAUCGAAGAGAUGGUGCUGCUAUGGCGGAAGCACUGGUUCUGGAAGAAGGUCAUGCCGGACAUGCCGCUCGAGGAUGGCUGGGGCGCGGCUGAGGGUCAUGCGGCACCUGCCAGCAACAAUCACAAGGGAUGACUGGAGUGAAGCAUGCAUGGUUGCCUGGUUGGUUUCGUGGACACUUUAUAUAAUAACUGAAGAAAACAAGACACACACUAACAUGUAGGCGGCUGCUUAUUCUUAUUGUAUUUUGUAUAAAGCAGGCUGUGUGAUAUGCAGGGAUAAAAACGAACGAGAUCGUUCC